UGGCUGGCGCGCGUGCGCACGACCGGGCGCCCCGAGCCGCGGAGUCUCCAGCGCUCCUAAGCAGAUCCACUCUCCUGGGCGCCGCUACUCACACAGGCUUCCAGCCGCCACGGAGCGUCCUCUGCGGCGGCGACAGCGGCCGUGGCGGAGGAACGGCGGCUGCAGCCCGGCCCCUGUCUGGCAGCUUCGAGCCCGGGACAGAGUCCGAGAGAAGCGAAGGAGGAGGACGCCGAGGCUAGGAGGAGCCGCGCCGCGCCCGGCGUCCGGCUCUGCUCGGCGGGCGCCUCCGCUCCUCGUGUUGCGGCCCCAGGAACUAACAAUUUGCAGAAGCAAAGGCCAAAGCAAAAUUGAAUGGUGCACAUGACUUCAAAAAGGGAGAAGGCAGACAUGUUUAAGUGAGCCAAUUUUAAAGAAACGAAGCGUCUGGCAUGUCAAAGGCAUACUGUCUUCCAUGGGACUUCUUUUGUGAGCAGCUUUCAUUUAAAAAACUUUAAUGAGUUUGCUUCAACCACGUUCCCAAAGAAUAUACUUUUCUUCUGAUCUGCUGACUGCUUUAAGACAUGUAUGACUUCACCAUUAUCAAUAUCCGCACCAGAGCUACAUUUGCUACAAAUGAUGAACUGACAUGGACACAUCAUCAUCCAAACUCCAUGGUAUUUUGAGGCCAGUAGAUCACAAGACUACCUGAAAGAGACAGUUACUCAGUUCCCAAGAGGAAGAGCAUGCAUACCAUGCUACACCAGUGAGCCGGACAGACAUUGGGUGACAUUGGCUUCAUCUCAAGGGAGAGAAGAGUCUGAUGAUCUCCAGGUGGACCCUCCACUCAGCCAUCAAAGUAUUCUUGCUCCCCAGGAUGCUUGUAACUCAAUGGUAGAUGCAAGUGGAGUUGAGAACGUCACCCAGUAUCCCCAGGAGCUUCCACAGAUGAUGGCUGCAGCAGCUGAUGGUUUGGGGAGUAUAGCAAUAGACACAACCCAGCUCAACAUGUCCGUGACAGAUUCCACAGCCUGGGCCACCGCCAUGAACAACUUGGGCAUGGUUCCUGUGGGGUUGCCUGGACAGCAGCUUGUGUCCGACUCAAUCUGUGUCCCAGGUUUUGACCCAAGCCUCAACAUGAUGACUGGAAUCACCCCUAUUAACCCAAUGAUACCAGGCCUGGGGCUGGUACCACCCCCACCACCAACUGAAGUGGCUGUUGUUAAAGAAAUAAUUCACUGCAAAAGUUGUACUCUUUUUCCUCAAAAUCCAAAUCUUCCACCUCCUUCCACCAGAGAACGACCUCCUGGGUGUAAGACUGUGUUUGUCGGAGGAUUACCAGAAAAUGCUACCGAGGAAAUUAUUCAAGAAGUCUUUGAGCAGUGUGGUGAUAUUACAGCGAUCCGAAAGAGCAAGAAGAAUUUUUGUCACAUUCGCUUUGCAGAGGAAUUCAUGGUUGAUAAAGCCAUUUACCUUUCUGGUUACCGGAUGCGAUUAGGGUCUAGCACAGACAAAAAGGAUUCAGGUCGCCUUCACGUAGACUUUGCCCAGGCCCGAGAUGACUUCUACGAGUGGGAAUGCAAGCAGAGGAUGCGCGCCCGUGAGGAGCGGCACAGGCGAAAGCUGGAGGAGGACCGGCUCCGACCGCCCUCCCCGCCCGCCAUCAUGCACUACUCAGAGCAUGAGGCUUCCCUGCUGGCCGAAAAGCUGAAAGAUGAUAGCAAGUUUUCUGAGGCAAUCACAGUGCUGCUUUCCUGGAUUGAACGAGGGGAAGUGAAUCGGCGUUCUGCAAACCAGUUCUAUUCCAUGGUGCAGUCAGCCAACAGCCACGUCCGCAGGCUAAUGAAUGAAAAAGCCACCCAUGAGCAAGAAAUGGAGGAAGCCAAGGAGAAUUUUAAAAAUGCCUUAACUGGAAUCCUCACUCAAUUUGAGCAGAUUGUGGCCGUUUUCAACGCUUCUACCAGACAAAAAGCUUGGGACCAUUUCUCGAAAGCUCAGCGCAAGAACAUAGACAUUUGGCGAAAGCAUUCUGAGGAGCUCCGUAACGCUCAAAGUGAGCAGCUCAUGGGCAUCCGCCGCGAAGAAGAAAUGGAAAUGUCUGAUGAUGAGAAUUGUGACAGUCCUACUAAAAAAAUGAGAGUCGAUGAAUCAGCUCUGGCUGCUCAGGCCUAUGCUCUUAAAGAAGAGAAUGACAGUCUCCGCUGGCAACUGGAUGCCUACAGGAAUGAGGUGGAGUUGCUGAAGCAGGAAAAAGAACAGCUUUUCAGAACAGAAGAAAACCUCACCAAGGACCAGCAACUCCAGUUCCUGCAGCAAACCAUGCAAGGCAUGCAGCAGCAAUUGCUGACCAUCCAAGAGGAGUUAAACAACAAAAAGUCAGAACUGGAACAAGCAAAGGAAGAGCAGUCCCACACACAAGCAUUACUGAAAGUCCUGCAGGAACAAUUAAAAGGUACCAAGGAAUUGGUUGAGACCAACGGCCACAACCAUGAGGAUGCAAAUGAAAUCAAUGUGUUGACAGUUGCAUUGGUCAACCAAGACCGAGAGAACAAUAUUGAAAAAAGAAGCCAAGGCUUAAAAUCAGAGAAAGAAGCUCUGCUAAUCGGCAUCAUAUCCACAUUCCUUCACGUCCAUCCUUUCGGAGCCAAUAUAGAAUAUCUUUGGUCUUACAUGCAGCAGCUGGACUCCAAGAUAUCUGCCAACGAGAUUGAAAUGCUUUUGAUGAGGCUGCCGCGAAUGUUCAAGCAAGAAUUUACAGGUGUGGGAGCAACGCUGGAAAAGAGAUGGAAGUUGUGUGCCUUUGAAGGAAUUAAAACUACCUAACUGUGAAGAACAAGAAACCUCUGGAAUUGAAACAGUCUGAACCCAGCUAGGGCUAUGCAGUGUGAGAGGAGGGUUGGGGCUGUCCAAUGCAGGACCUGUGCAGAGCCAUCAAAGCCUGACUUCAGUUACAUCUGUGGUGUUCUCUCGUGAGUGGACAUGUAAUUGUGUACCAGUUCCUUAAACUAAACAAAGCUUCAUACUGUGACAGAUCUGUUUCCUAUGAAAACCAGACAAUGAUUCCACGGUCAUAAUAAUGGCAAAAUCUUAAAAUAGGUUACAUUUUUUAAUAGCUCACCAAGCAAAAUAUUUAAAGUUAAUGAUGGUGUAGCGAUGGUGGUUGCUAGGCUACAGAGUUGUGUAUGUAAUGUAUAGCUGAAAUCAUUAAGUGACAUUUUCCGGAAAAGUCUUUCUGUUUAAGUUAAAAAAAUCAACAAAAGUAAUUUUACAGUGAGGAAUAAUACCAAAAGAAAACUUGAAUAUGUGUCUGAACAGUUAUU